AUGGCAGUAUUCCCCAAGUUCCGGCCUGGGUUCCGUCGGACGACCACCAACGACGCAGAGAACCCUCUGCCUAUGACUCCACUAGGAGUCGGAGGCAGCCAGAAAGAUACAGCAGCAAUAACCAGCGUCGAAGCCACCAUUGGAAGCAGCAGCAAUGAAGAAGCAAGCCACGAGGCACAGAAUCCCACCGAAGAUGCCCAGAGAGGUGUUCAGGACGUCGAGGCCGUCACUCUGACCUGGUCAAAGCGGUCCCUCGUCGCGGUUUUCAUCCUGAUGUUCCUGCUCUAUUUCGUCAAUGCGAUGCAGUCGUCGAUCCUGUAUAACCUGGUCCCCUUCGCCACGAGCGCUUUCGAGACACACUCCCUCCUGACCGUCAUCUACAUCGUCUCCAACUCGAUGAGUGCGGCAAUUUAUAUCCCUCUGGCCAAAAUGCUUGACAUCUGGGGCCGCGCCGAGGGUUUCCUUCUGAUGGUCGCCUUCUCCACGUUAGGCUUGAUCUUGAUGGCUUCUUGCAGCGGUCUCUCGACAUUUUGCGCAGCACAGGUGUUUUACUCCAUCGGCUUCGGGGGUUUGAUAUACAGCGUCGACGUGAUCACGGCCGAUGCGUCCAAAUUGAAGAAUCGAGGCCUGGCGUACGCCUUCACAUCUUCGCCAUACAUGAUCACAGCGUUCGCCGGUCCCAAGGCCUCAGACGACUUCUACUACCACAUCAGCUGGCGCUGGGGUUUCGGCACCUUCGCCAUCAUCUUGCCGUUCGUGGCGGCGCCGCUGUACGUCAUUCUGAAGCUCAAUCUGCGAAAAGCCGCGAAACAGGGCCUGCUCGUCCGGGAGAGCAGUGGCCGGACGUUGUCGCAGAACAUUUGGCACUAUGUCCAAGAGUUUGAUGCUCCUGGAGUGUUUCUCUUCGCCGCGGGCCUGACGGUCUUUUUACUGCCGUUUACUCUUGCCGACUCUGCCCCGAACGGCUGGGCCUCCGGGUACAUCAUCGCCAUGAUCGUGGUCGGGUUCGUGGUGCUGGUGGCAUUCGGCCUCUAUGAGACGUUUGUGGCGCGGGCGCCGUUCCUGCACGUCAACCUGCUGGCGAACCGUACUGUCACCGGCGCGUGUCUGCUCGACUUCACCUACCAGGUCUCGUACUACUGCUGGAACAGCUACUUCACGUCGUUCCUGCAGGUGGUCAACGACCUGACGCUGGCCGAGGCCGGGUACGUGGGCAGCACGUUCGACGUCGUGUCCGGGGUGCUGCUGCUGUUCGUCGGACUCCUGAUCCGGCGCACCGGAUACUUCAAGUGGCUGCUUUUCUUCGCGGUUCCCUUGUACAUCCUCGCUCAAGGGUUGAUGAUCCACUUCCGCCAACCGGACUCGGGCAUCGGGUACAUUGUCAUGUGCCAGAUCCUGAUCGCCGUGGGCGGCGCCAUCUUCAUCAUCGUCCAGCAGAUCGCCAUCUUGGCCGCCGCAGAUCAUCAGCACGUCGCCGCCGUGCUGGCCUUGCUGUACGUGGUGGGAAAUGUCGGCGGCGCCGUCGGCAACACCAUCUCCGGCGCCAUCUGGACAAACACCUUUUAUAAAGCCCUCGUCCGCUACCUUCCUGCCACCACCUCCCCCACUGAUAUCGAAGACAUAUACAAUGAUCUGAACACGCAGUUGAGCUAUGCCAAGGGUACGCCUGAGAGGCUCGGCAUCCAGCAGGCAUACGGUUAUGCCCAGGCGAGGAUGCUAGCCGUGGGCACUGGCCUCAUGGCCUUGUCGCUGAUUUGGAUGUUCAUGAUCAAAAACAUCAACGUGAAAAAGAUUGCUCAGGUUAAAGGCACUGUAUUUUGA